UUGAUUCAAAUCGUCCACCCCUCCUUUAAACAGUUCUGCUGUAGGAGUCUCAGGAAAGAAAGGGAAAAAAAAAAAGAGAGGAGAGAGAAAAAAUUUGGGAGUAACAAGUCCCCGAUGGACCGUUACUUACGGUCUCUAAUGAUGUUUAUAGGAGUUGCUCUCUUGUUUCCGACGGUGUCGGAGUCUAUGGUUCGGCACUACAAUUUUAGUGUGGUUAUGAAGAAUGUGACAAAGCUUUGCGGGACGAAGUCCAUCGUCACCAUCAACGGGAAGUUCCCAGGGCCCACAUUGUACGCCAGGGAGGACGAUAACAUGGUGGUGCGAGUCGUGAACCAUGUCCAAUAUAAUGUCACCUUGCACUGGCACGGGGUCAGACAGUUGCGGACAUGCUGGGCAGAUGGACCGGCAUACAUAACACAAUGCCCGAUUCAGCCAGGACAGAACUACGUGUACAACUUCACAAUCACUGGUCAGAGAGGAACUCUGCUCUGGCAUGCCCACAUAACCUGGCUCCGAGCCACACUUCACGGUGCCAUUGUCAUCUUGCCCAAGAGAGGGACUCCCUACCCCUUCCCUAAACCUGACAAGGAAAAGAUCAUUGUUCUAGGGGAAUGGUGGAAAGCUGACACAGAAGCAGUUUUAAACCAGGCGAUACAAACCGGAUUGCCCCCAAAUGUAUCGGAUGCUCACACCAUGAAUGGCCAUCCUGGACCGGUUCCAAACUGUUCUUCUCAGGGUUAUACUUUACAUGUCGAGAGCGGAAAGACCUAUCUGCUUCGGAUCAUCAAUGCAGCAGUAAAUGACGAGCUCUUCUUUCAAAUGGCGGAGCACAACCUAACAGUAGUCGAAGUCGACGCAUCCUAUACCAAGCCCAUAAACACCGACAGUAUAUUCAUAGGGCCAGGACAAACCACGAAUGCACUCUUAACUGCCCAUAAAAGUUCUGGUAAAUACCUGAUUGCCAUCUCCCCCUUCAUGGAUGCUCCGGUGGGGCUCGAUAACUCGACAUCAACAGGCACAUUGGUCUACUCGGGCACAACCCUAUCUUCCCCGACUGUUUCAAUGGCCAUCCCUCCUCUAAAUGCCACCCCUGUGGAGUUCAGCUUCAUCGACUCUCUUCGGAGCCUGAACUCCAAAGAAUACCCUGCAAACGUCCCCUUGACCAUUGACCACUCGCUUUUCUUCACGAUCAGUGUCGGGGUGAACCCGUGCUCGACUUGUGUUAAUGGGACUCGCCUAGUGGCCGCUCUCAAUAAUGUUAGCUUCGUGAUGCCGAACAUUUCGAUCCUCGAAGCACAUUACCACAACAUAGGUGGAGUCUACACAGAUGAUUUCCCUGGGUAUCCUCCAAUACCAUUCAAUUACACCGGAACAGGACCAUCAAACAUUCAGACAAUGAACGGGACGAGGGUGUAUAGGCUUCCUUUUAAUUCGACAGUUCAGAUUGUACUUCAAGGGACUUCCAUAAUAGCACCGGAGAACCACCCAACCCAUCUCCACGGGUUCAAUUUCUUCGCUGUCGGUAAAGGGCUCGGGAACUUCGACCCUGUGAAGGACCCAUUCAAGUUCAAUCUAGUUGAUCCAGUUGAAAGGAACACUAUAGGGGUGCCGACAGGUGGAUGGACCGCGAUAAGAUUCUGGGCAGAUAAUCCAGGUGUUUGGUUUCUGCAUUGCCAUUUAGAAGUGCAUACAACUUGGGGGCUGAAAAUGGCUUUCAUUGUGGAGAAUGGGAAGGGCCCUAAUGAGUCCUUAUUGCCUCCUCCUGGUGACUUUCCCAAGUGUUAGGAGAAAUAUUGUAUCCUUCACCAAAACAAAUAUGUGUAUAUAUAUCUCAAUUAUAUAUUUUGACUUCAAAGGAAGUUUGCAGAUGUGGAAGUCUUAGGAAAGUGGAGGAGAGUGAAAAAUCUGUGUUAUUGAGGAUGGGUCCUGGUGAGGAAUUUAUAUUAUUAUUAUUAUCAUUCUUUUAAUAUUGCAGAAAGUUUAAGUUGAAUUGGAUUCAAUAAGCUCUUGAAUGUACCUAACACUACAAGAGAAUGUACUUUUGGCGACUAUUUCUUUGCCGACCCAUUAAGGGACCUAAUGAGU